AGUUUGAUAAAAGGAAAUUUCUUUUUUUUUCAUCGUGAUCGAUCGAUUGUUCGCUUGAAAUUUUAUCCAUUUUAUGUAUUCGUCGAAUGGUUCUCGUGCUAAUAUUAGCGAUUUCGGAGUUAUAAUUCAUCAUGGGACAGGAUGGUUCGGACGACUCGGGCUCUGAUUCUGAUCAGAACAAUCAAUCAGAUAGUGACUCUAAAUCUGAUAACGUAAAUUCUUCAAAGUCUCAAAACAGUUCCGACAGCGAUAGUGAUUCGAAAUCUGAAGCCAGUGCAGAUCCUCAAAAUAAUCCGAGCGACAAUAAUGCCAAGUACAACGAUUCCGAUAAUGGUCAAUCGAAUCAUUCCGAUAAAAACAACGCUGCGUCUUCAUCUGGAUCAUCAGACAGCGAUUCAGCAUCACAAUCUUCCAACUCCGGUUCAGCAUCAUCGAAAUCCGAAUCAGAGAAAUCGAAACCACCGUCAAAAAAUGUAUCAGCAGAAAAACCGACCCUUAAUAAAGCUACACGAAGACGAGCAUCAUCCGAAUUCAAACAGUGUUGGGAAGAGAAUCCCGAAGUAUAUGGUAUCCGUAGAUCGGGUAGAUCUCGAAAAGAACCUGAAAGAUUAACCGUUGAAAGUGAUUCGAGCGAUAAAGGCAGAAAGAAAAAACAACGUUAUAAUUACGAAACAACCUCUAGCGAAUACAACAGUGAUACCGAUAAAGACGAAAGUAUACCUUCUAGCAAACCUUUAUCUAGAUGUAGAGUUAAACCAAACCUCAGAGCCAGGGUUGUGCAUAAACAAAAGAAACAGCCCAGUAGAAGAAAACGGUACAGUUCCAGUGACGACGAAAGCACCGGAGAAAGCGAAGAAGAACCUGUAAAAAAAUUGAAAGCUCGUAGAGGUACAAAGGUUAGUUAUAAAGAAGUAGACAGCGACGAGAAAACAGAUUCCGAAGAUUUGCUCGAAGUUGACUACGGCGAAAGCCAAGAUGCCCCUGCUGAAGUUUCCGAUACGGCUGAAACUAUCGAAAAAGUCAUCGCUCAAAGGAGAGGCAAAAAAGGAGUCGUCGGCAACCAAACGACUAUUUACGCUAUCGAAGAAAACGGCGAUCCAAACGAAGGCUGUGAUCCAAACGACUACGACAAUACCGAAGUUCAAUUCCUCAUCAAAUGGAAAGGAUGGUCUCACAUACACAACACAUGGGAAUCCGAAGAAUCCCUCAAGACACAAAAAGUCAAAGGUUUGAAAAAAGUAGAAAAUUUCCUCAAACGAGAAGACGAAAUAUCGUAUUGGAAGAAACACGCUACUCCCGAAGACGGAGAGUACUUCGAAUGUCAACAAGAACUUCUACAAGAUUUACUCAAGAGUUACAACAACGUCGAAAGAAUCAUAUGUUCCAGAGUACGACAAGUUAAAAAUGGGGACGAUUCGACCGAGUAUAAUACGACGGAAUUACGAGAAUAUUACGUCAAGUGGCAAUCGUUACCGUAUGCUGAGGCUACCUGGGAAGAUGCCGCCUUGAUCGAGCGUAAAUGGCCGGAGUGUAUUAAAGAAUUCAGAGAACGAGAGGAUUCGAAGCGAACUCCGUCCAAGUUAUGUAAAGCUGUGAAGUAUAGGCCUAAAUUCGUUCAGCUUCAGUCGCAGCCUAGUUACAUGGGCGGUCAUAGUCAAGAUAAUGUACUUCGUGAUUACCAACUGCACGGUGUGAAUUGGAUGAGUCACGCCUGGUGUAAAGAGAACUCGGUAAUUUUAGCCGAUGAAAUGGGUCUCGGUAAAACGAUCCAAACGAUAUGCUUUUUAUAUUACCUCUUCAAUACGCAUCAAGUUUAUGGACCAUUUUUAGUAGUUGUCCCCUUAUCUACGAUGACGUCUUGGCAAAGAGAAUUUUCAAUGUGGGCUCCUGAUAUUAACGUUGUUACGUACAUAGGCGACGUUGUUUCGAGAAAUGUGAUACGCGAAUACGAAUGGUGUUUCGCGAACUCCAAACGAUUAAAAUUCAACGCCGUCUUGACUACGUACGAAAUCUUGCUGAAAGAUAAAGCCUUCCUCGGUAGCUUAACAUGGGCUGUGUUGAUGGUGGACGAAGCUCAUCGUCUAAAGAACGACGACUCGUUACUGUAUAAAGCUUUGACAGAUUUCGUGACCAGUCACCGGCUUCUCAUCACCGGUACUCCGCUGCAAAACAGCUUGAAAGAGCUGUGGGCGUUGUUGCAUUUCAUUAUGCCUUCAAAGUUUGAAUCGUGGGACGAAUUUGAAAAAGAACACGAUAACGCAGCUAGCAAAGGAUACGCCAAGUUGCACAAGCAAUUAGAACCGUUUAUUUUACGUAGGGUUAAGAAAGAUGUGGAGAAAUCGUUACCAGCUAAAGUUGAACAAAUUCUCAGGGUGGAGAUGACCACAUCGCAGAAACAAUUUUAUCGUUGGAUUUUGACGAAAAAUUACGACAUGUUGAGAAAAGGUACCAAAGGCUCGACGUCGACUUUUCUCAACAUCGUGAUCGAAUUGAAAAAAUGCUGUAAUCAUUCGUUAUUAAUUAAACCGAGCGAUCACGAGAACUACAGACAAACGCAAGAAGAACAGUUACAACAAUUGAUUCGAGGCUCUGGAAAAUUAGUCUUGUUAGAUAAAUUACUGAUUCGACUUCGCGAAACCGGCCACAGAGUGUUGAUAUUCUCGCAGAUGGUACGAAUGCUGGACAUUCUGGCCGAAUAUCUGCAAUUGAGGCAUUUCCCAUUUCAACGUUUGGAUGGCGGUAUCAAGGGGGAAAUACGUCGUCAAGCGUUGGAUCAUUUUAACGCCGAUAAUUCGCAAGAUUUCUGUUUCUUGUUGUCGACCAGAGCUGGUGGUUUGGGUAUUAAUUUGGCCACCGCUGAUACCGUAAUCAUAUUCGAUUCGGAUUGGAAUCCGCAGAAUGAUCUACAAGCUCAAGCUAGAGCUCAUCGUAUUGGUCAGAAGAAUCAGGUGAAUAUUUAUCGUUUGGUCACCAAAAGCUCGGUCGAGGAAGAUAUCGUCGAAAGAGCCAAAAAGAAAAUGGUCUUGGAUCACUUGGUUAUUCAAAGAAUGGACACGACCGGAAGAACAGUACUCGAUAAGAAAUCCACCGGAAGCGGAUCUACCUCGACUCCUUUCAAUAAAGAAGAAUUGACAGCUAUCUUGAAAUUCGGCGCCGCUGAUUUGUUCAAAGAUGACGAAAACGGCGACGAAGAACCAGUCUGCGAUAUUGACGAAAUUCUGCGGAGAGCCGAAACCAGAGACGAAGCUCCUGCCACCGAAGCCGACGAAUUGUUAUCAGCCUUUAAAAUGGCGAAUUUCGUGGCCAUAGAGGAAGAGGAUGAGCAUCGUAGUGAACCAGAAGGCGAAGAAGAUAAUAAUAUUCGAGAAUGGGAUGAAAUUAUCCCGGAGAAUUUCAGAGCUAAAGUGGAAGAAGAAGAGAAAGCUAGGGAAUUCGCUGAUUCGUAUUUACCGCCCAGAAGUCGUAAAACGCUGCAGCAAAUUAAUCAAUACGAUAGCGAUGGUGACGGAGAUAAGAAGAAGAAAAAGAAGAAAGAAGAUGACGCUGGUUCAUCUGAUGAAGGCAGUGACGAUGAUAGACCACGUAAGAGAGGCAGGCCGAGGGCUUCGGCUCGAGAAGCGUACAAAGGAUUCACCGAUGCUGAGAUUCGAAGAUUUAUAAAAAGCUACAAGAAAUUCCCGGAACCGUUGAAACGUCUAGAAGCUGUCGCCUGCGACGCCGAGCUGCAAGAGAAACCGCUGGCCGAAUUACGUAAAUUCGGUAAUUAUCUGCAUGAGCAAUGCAUGGCUGUGAUGAACGAUGUGAAAAAUGCCGCCGAAAAUACACCGAACGAAGAAGCUGCCACCGGACCUGGUCGUAAAAAGGCUCGUGGAGCGUCGUUCAAAAUCGGAGGCGUAUCUGUGAAUGCGAAAACUCUACUGGCUUGUGAAAAAGAUCUCGAACCGCUCGAUAAAGUUCUACCUGUAAAUACCGAAGAAAGAUCUCGAUGGACUUUGGAUGCCAGAGUGAAAUACGCUCAUUUCGAUACAGACUGGGAUAUCGAAGACGAUUCUAAACUGCUUCGAGGCAUUUACCAGUACGGUAUGGGCUCGUGGGAGGCUAUAAAAAUGGACCCGUCGCUCGGCAUCAGCGAUAAAAUCUUACCAAAUAACGGUAGUAAACCUCAAGCCAAGCAUUUGCAAGCCAGAGCCGAUUAUUUAUUGAAAAUACUCAAGAAACGCAUGAAUUUAGACGAUACGACGACAACGUCGAAAACCAAACGCGGCCGUAAAGCUAAAGAUACCAAAGAAACCAAACACCUGUCUCGUGAAACCAUCGAACACGACGAUACAUCCGAUGAUGGCGACAGCGUCGCCGGCAAAAACACCGUCAAAGACGAAGAAAACGGCGCUGGUGUCGCAGCCGGCGGCGCUAAAGACGACAAAAAGAAACCCAACAAGAAAGAAGCAGUCAAAAGAGAACCCAAAAAGAAGGCUAAUAAUAAAGGCCCACUGCAUAUUACCGCUAACAACGAACCUGUCGCCAUCGGCGUCAUAGGCGAUCUCGAUCCGUCUGUUUUUAACCAAUGUAAAGAAAUUAUGAGACCUGCGAAAAAAGCCCUUCGUGCGUUGGAUCGGCCCGACGAAUCGUUGUCUCCUCACGAACGAGCGAUUCUUAUCAAGAAAUGUCUGAUCGAAAUCGGCGAGCAAAUCAAUCAACAUUUGACCCAGUAUAAAGAUGCGGAAAAAAUCAAAGAAUGGAGGGGAUAUUUAUGGGAUUUUGUAUCGAAAUUCACCGAAUUGGAAUCGAAAAAGUUAUUCAAAAUGUAUAAACGCGCCUUGAAGGAAGCCAAAGGAAAAGAUUCGAAAGAAGAAGCCGAAAAGGAGAAAAUAUGGAAUUCGGAUGCUUCGCCUUCGCCUGUGAAAAAGAAAAAACGCGAAGAUAAGCCGGAGAAAAGACCGAGCGAGAAUCAGACCGCUUCUCCGUCCAAAUUUAUCAAAGCGGAAAAAAUCGAAAGAGUACCAAUCGCCGAACCGAUGACGUCCACGGCCAGCGUAAAAAUCGAAUCGAUGGAUACGAGUAGUCGAGACAGCGAGAAAGAAUUCAUCAAGCAUCGUGAACGUGUCAAAGAGCGUUCGGAUCGUGAUCGAGAUCGAGAAAGAGAUCGAGGCGACCGAGACCGCGAACGAGAUCGAGAACGUGACCGUGACAGGGAACGAGACCGAGAUCGAGAUCGGGAACGAGACCGACUGAAAAAGGAUCCGCUGGGCCAUAAUUCGUUAUCGUACAGUCGUCACGGUAGCAGUGAUCCCAGAGCUUCCGGCGGCAGCAGCAGCAGCAGUGGCCCGAGAAGCCACGAUGGUGCUCCCGGUGGCGAACGAUGGCACAGUUCUAGUUCUAGCCGAUACGGUGGACCGGAUCCGAAACGUAAACGCUACGAGAGCUAUUCUCGUAAAAGCGGAUUCCCAGGGGGGCCGCCGUCGCGAGAACACGAAUCUCAUUAUCGCGAUUAUAACCCGAACCCGAGAAUGCAUCAGGAUAAGCGAAGGUACGCUAUGCCAGCAUCGGCGGCGCCGUAUCCUCAGUUCGCUCCGAUGGCAGCGUAUUUCCCCGAACAAGCUCUCAUGUACCCGCCACGAGAUGGCCGCUAUUCUCAAGCACCGUUACCAGGCUACGGCGAAUGGCAUCAGAUGAUGAAUCACGAACGUAACGAAUACCAUCGCGAUUACGAUCGAAGACCACCGCCUACCUCGAAUACGUAACGUUAUCAUCGUAUUUCAUUUGUCGGGGAAUUUUUCUCUCGUUAUUAUUUGUAUUUUAAGAUACUAAUUAAUUAUCGAUGUACCGGGUCUUCGUUCGAAUACGAAUCCCCCCUCAGGGUCUUUCUUCGAAACAGUAGGUUGGUAGUUCUGCAUCUCCAUAAACCAAGCAUUGCAAUUACACGUUGCCAACUUACGGUUUUUGUGAAAAUUCUUCGAGGAGGUUCGCAUUCGAAUAAAGAUUUGGUAUGUUCCCCUUUUUUUUCUUUUUCUUUUUUUUUUUGUUAUCGUUUUUUCUCUUCGGUUUUAUACGUACGGUUCUCUCCUUCGUGUAUCUCGUCGACCCUUCCAUGCGGUUUAUUUUACGAUGUGUUUUGUUUUCCUCUUUUUAAAAUUCGAAAUUAUGAUUAUGUAUUAUUUAUUAUUAUAAAAUGUUUAUUCGUUAUGUUCGGGUUUCGAUGGGAACUCGAAAGGGAUCUCGUAUUUGCGGGCUUCGGUAGGGUUUUUUUCGUUCUUUUUUUUUACGACGCACAUUUACACGAUUGAUCGGUACCGUCGAAUCGAUCGAUUUGUUUUUAUAUAUUCGGACAGAAGCGAGCAUUUUUUUUCGUGUUUCUAGUCAUAAGUCGAUUGUAUUAGGUGUUUGUUUUGUCUGUUCUUUUUUUUACGUAAUUAAAGAAGAAAAAAAGGAAUAGGGUACGAAUUGUCUUAUGAACUCACGACUCGUGUUAGGGUUUUUUAGAACGAUGGAUGGAUUGCGCAAAAUUUCGGCUGUGUUUUAAUUAUGGGCCUUUUGUUUUACUCUUCUAUAUUUAUCAUUCGUAUAUUUUCAUCAUUACAUAUCGCAUCUGUAAAGAAUAUAUGAUUGUGGUCGUGCUGGAAAUUACCUAAUCUGAAAUAAAAUAGAUACGUAGAAACGAGCUUUUUGAAAUUGCCAAAAAAUGAAAAAAAAGAAAAAAUGUGAUUAGAUUUUUUUGUUGAAAAAACGAGAUAGAGAAAAAAUGGGAUAAAUGUACGAUAAGUAAAUCACGAUAAUCUAAAAUUUAAUAUCUAGUCAAGAUUGUAUACAUUAUAAUAUGUAAUUAACGAUGUUUUGUUAUCAGAGUAUCUACGGUUAAAUAAUGUGACGGAUUUUUUUUUUCGUUUUUUUUUUCGAUUACCUGUUUUACGAGUGUGAAAUUUUUAGUAAAGCGUGUAAUAUUUCUUUUUUUUUUUUAAGAAGCGAACGUUUGAUUCGAAUCUGUGAUCAAAUAUUACAUAUUUAUUAUUAAAAUGCGAACGACGUGUAAGUUUUUUAAAGGGAGAAUUUUCUCCCCGAGUUUUUUUUUAAUCGAGCUUUUUUUUGUACAGAUGCCCACACACGAAUAUCAGUGCGUAGUGCGACGAGCACUGGUGGUAGAAAACCUCUACUGGGGGUUUUUGUUUUGUUAUAUUUUAAUGUAACUUGUACCUAUGUAUAAUAAAGUUUGAUUUUUUUCCAAUUACGAAUUAUUUUUGGAUUAGAAUUCAUUGUUUACUUUUUUCUUCAAGGUGUAUGUUGUAUAUAUGAAGUGGGGGUUUGUCGUCUUGAUUGUAGCGACGAUCAUGACGAGAUAAUUAGUGUAAAUAUAUUACCAUGUUGAUACAUUAUUAUUAUUAUUACCUUUACUUUGUUGCCUCCCUGUCGUGUAAGUGAUUUUAAAUUUGAUUUUUUUUUCUCUCAUUUAACGUAUCGAUUGUUACGAAGUAUUAUUUUAUAAUUCCCUCUUUACCCCCCAGAACUACUUCGAUUGUAUAUUAUAAAAUUUUAUUGUGAAAAUUAUUUUAAUUUUUAUUUACCUAUUUUUUUUUCUUUCUUUGUUUUUGUCGAUUAUGUAUAAGUGAAAUAUAUUAUUUUGUAAUA